GGACUCUUAUUUCGAAUAUUGGUAAAAGGCUCAAUUUUAUUGGAAAACCCUGCAUUGAUGGCGACUUUUUUCGAAAGUAAGGCAUCGAUUGAUCGUUACCUUAAACGAGAGGAUUGGUAUGUUUGGGUGAGUAUGAGCAAAGGUCAACUCACCUUGCCUGUGUUUCAAUCGCUAGAGGCAUACUGGCCAGGGUUAUUGACUUUGUAUGGCAAUACUAAGGAAGCCCUAAAGGUACUACACAACUACCAAACUGUGUGGCGGCAGUAUGGGUUUCUUCCAGAGUUUUACAAUAUUCCUACAGGAGAAGCAGGUGCAAAUCGUGAAAAUUAUCCUUUGAGACCAGAGUUAAUCGAAUCUGUUAUGUAUCUUUAUCGCGCAACUAGCGAUCCAUUUUUGCUACAGGUAGGUGAAAAUAUACUGGAAAGUAUAGAGCAUAGUGCGAAGACGCCAUGCGGCUAUGCGACUAUACGGAACGUUCUGACUCAUCAACAGGAGGAUCGAAUGGAAUCAUUCUUUUUAGCAGAAACCACAAAAUAUCUUUACCUACUAUUUGAUCCGAAUAAUUUUUUGCAUAAUGAUGGAAGCAUUGGUAAUGUCGUAAAAACAAUAUUGAACGAUGGCGUCACAAAGGAACACAAAUGUGUGGUAGGUGCCGGGGGAUACAUUUUCAACACAGAAGCCCAUCCAAUGGAUCCUACUGCCCUUCGCUGUUGUGAAGCAAGACAUAUCAAUAUUUUUGCUAACGCGCUUGUCGAAAAUCAAAUGAAUAAAAAAGAGCGUAAAGGAAAACUUCUUUUCGCAAAAGGUCAACAAUACUUGCCCAACACAAAGAAAAGAGAAGAUAAAAAAAAUGAAUGGAUGAUUACAGAACCUAAAGAGCCAACUAAAAUAACUGAUGUUGAGGUUGAAUUAAAAGGCGGAGAAAAGAUGGCUACCACAAAAUUACCUAUAAACACGAUAAAUCGAGAAGUAGAAAAAAUAGAGAGCAUUACGAGAGGAAUUAAAAAAAAAACAAUGUACUCAAGCGAACCUAUAUCAAAAACGAACCAUAUAAAGUCAAUCAAAGAACAAUUUUCACAGUCAUUCAAAGACGAAAUCAAUCAUGCAACCGCCUUUUCGUUUUUGCCUGUAGACACUGCCUGUUCGAAUAAAGCGAAGAGCAGCAGUACAAAAAAAGUGUCAGAAAUAUUGUUGAUAAAAAAAUCUGAGGAAGAAUUUACAACUGUAACAGUACAAUCUUAUAGUACCACAGGAUACUCCGCUUCAACUAAAGCCAAGAAUGGAAACGAGGAGGACACACCGAUGGCAACGAUGCUGAAACUUGUGCAAAGCAUGUUUCAUAGCACUGCCAACCAUGCCAAAAAACAAUCUGUUUUCGACCUUGAAAAUUUCUAUCAACACGUAAUGAAUAACCGCUUAUUGAAUGAAGAAUGUGGAAAUUUUAACAUUUCGGGGAUGUCUUUACCAUCUUAUAACAAAGAGAAAAUACCUAACGGAUUACUCACAUGUCGAUCACAAUCCUUUCUACAAAGGCUCACUCUCAUCGGAGAAUUCUAUUGAAGGGUAUUGCACACCAGGCGAAGCUAAGAUAUGAAAUAAAGUGAUGAGAGUGGUACCCGAGAAGAACGGUUAACGGGGACCGAAAAUGGCCGCAAAAUAACGUGUAUCUCGAAUUUACGCUUAAGUCGAAUCUUGUGAUUGCCAGCCAAAAUAUCACUAAUUUUCGUAUAAUUUCAUAGUAGCGGGUAGUCUUAGCCACCUAAUUAAUUUUUUGUAUUUUAUGUAUUUCCAAGUCACAUUUGCUCGAAACAGUUUUUCCAUAUCUGCUCGAUAAGUACUCGAUAAACCUAAAAUUAUUGAUUUGUGUGUGAUCAUUCAUUCAUUGGUAUUUAUUUCUUAGAUGUACAUUAAUCCUGAAUUACAAUUUAGUAUUUUACAUCGGUACCGGAGUUUCCAUAACGCGAUAUUUCGUUGAUUUUUUUGCACUUGGCAUUGUGGACACUAUUCCUGAUGUUAAAUGAAUUUGACGUAUUGAUGGAGGAAAAAUUACAAAAAACCUCUUAAUUUGGCUAUAUUUUCUAAACUAUGUACUAACUUAUUCUUUAUAAACUAUACUAGGGGAACUAAUUCAUAUUGGGAUUUGCAAUUAGGGAGAAAGAGAAAAAAGGUAAUAUUUACAAAUAGAAAUAUCGUUUUAGAUGAGGUUUUGUAGUGUAUGUAUGCCACUAUUUGUGCAUUUAGAUCGAUAUUUAAUAUUGAUUUUUUCUAUAAACUCGCUAACCCUGUCAAUUUUAGCUUUUCUAUGGAUAAUGCUUGUACUGUACCAAGGCGGGAGAUUUAGUAUUCGUUUUAAGAAUUUGUUUUGAAAUAUCUGCAUUU